AUGGAACCCAAAGGCCAAGAAGAGAAAAUGGUGAUGCCGAGCUCUUUUAGUUUCAAAAAUCAACUCAACAAUCACUCUUAUUCUUCAGCUGCAGGAGAAAGAAGAAGAGAUGAAACGGUUCAUGGUGACCCGAACCCACCUCGAACCCUAAUGCUCAACCCCACAAGAGAUCCGGAGCCAGAUCCGGAGCCAGAUCCAGCUUCCAUAGCUACAAACAGCGAGGCAGCGACCAGAUCAAGCCUGAAAUCACCGCCACAACAACCACCAACAUCACAGCUGCAGCCAGACGCUGGUCCAACCUCGGCAGCUAUCGGCUCUACCAUUCCUUUGAUUAGAUAUAGAGAAUGCUUGAAGGACUACGCCGCCAGCAUGGGCGGCCAUGUAGUGGAUGGUUGUGGGGAGUUCAUGCCGAGCGGCGAAGACGACACACCGGAAGCGAUGAAAUGUGCAGCCUGCGACUGCCAUAGAAGUUUUCAUAGGAAGGAAAUAAACGGGGAAUCACAAUAUGCACCAAGCUCUUAUUAUUAUAAUCCCAACGCAAACAACAUGAUAAGAAACGCUGUACGUCGUCUUGAUCCUCAACAACCAACCCCUCUUCAUCGUCAUGGAAGAUCUCCACCAUUGUUGGUGAACUUCGGCGGCGGCACGGCGGAGUCCUGGAGCGAAGAUCUCAAUAUGGUUGAUUUCAAUGGAGGAGGGCGAACCUCGCACCCACAUUCAUCGAAGAAGAGAUUUAGAACAAAGCUCAGUGAAGAACAAAAGGACACGAUGAUGAAAUUCGUCGACAAGUUGGGAUGGAGAAUCCAGAAACAAGAUGAAGAAGAGGUGCGGCGGUUUUGUGAUCAAGUGGGAGUAAAGAGACAAGUUUUCAAAGUUUGGAUGCACAACAACAAACAAGCCAUGAAGAGAAAACAAGUGUAAGAAA